UGUGAGCUCAUCAGACUGCAGCUGUCUGAGGGAAGUACAAGAUUUUAAAUUGUGUCUCUUUAAAUUAGACCUACAAUGUGUGAACGUAUAACCAGUUUUAGCAUUCGUGCUAACAGUUGAAGCGUUGGUGUCAACAUCCAACGUGUAAAACGUAUAAAACUACACAAACAUGGAUGCCUCAGGUACCUGUGUAACCACGCACCUGUGGCGGUCACACCUGACGCAGGUUCUUUAGGAAGUGACAGAAGAUUAUGAGGGGUGUGUCAUUGAAAAGGUCCUGGAAAGACUUGGAAAGUCCUGGAACAUCCUUUGUUGGAGUGAAAUACUAAAUCUCUUCAAACACUCUCAGAGAGUGAGUGUUUACUGAGAGUGUGUGACGUCCACGUCUUAUCAAAACCACUGCUGCAGUUGGUUUGUUUGCUCAGUGUGUCACUCGCAUUCUUGAGUUUCAUCAUUGUGGGAUCCUGGUGGACAGGAACAGCCUAUUACUCAAUACUGACAGUACAGACAGGAGAGUACAGACAGUACUACAGGAGAGUACAGACAGUACUGAGUACAGACAGACAGUACUACAAGAGAGUACAGACAGUACUGAGUACAGACAGACAGUACUGCAGGAGAGUACAGACAGUACUACAGUGAAAGCUGCUAUAAAUAAGUCUAAGCUGAAAAAAGCAGUAGGUGUGGAAGAUAUCCCAAAUGAAGUGUUAACGUCACCUCCUCUUUAAACAUGCUUUUCUGUUUGUUUAGGUUUUGUUUUAAACACGGUAUUGUUCCUUCCGUGUGGUAUGUCUAUUAUCAAACCUAUCCCAAAGUCAUCUAUGAAUGACCCUAGGAUACCACUCAAUCACAGGGGAAUCAGCCUUCUUAGCACAGUGUAUAAAUUGUAUAGUAGUAUUUUGAAUGCUAGGCUGAUCGAGUAUCUGGAAACAGAGGAAUAUUUAGUUGAUGAACAGAAUGGGUUCAGAAGGAGUCGAGCCUGCAUUGAUCAUAUUCAUACAAUUUCAACAAUUGUCAGGACAAGAAUUGCAGAAAAUAAAUCUACUCUUGUAUGUUUUGUGGAUUUCCAAAAGGCUUUUGAUUGGGUAAAUAGAGAUCUGCUUGCCUUAAAACUUUUAAAAGGAGGUGUGGAUGGUAAAUUCUAUCAAGCUCUAAAGUCACUGUAUAGUUCCUCAGUUGCAUGUUUUCAGGUAAAUGAUCUUCAAACUGACUGGUUUAAAACCCCCUUUGGUGUUAAACAGGGUGAUGUCCUGUCCCCUAGUUUGUUUUCUCUUUAUAUAAAUGACCUGGCUUUUGAAAUCAAGAAUGCUAAUUUAGGUAUACAUUUGAAUGAUUUAACUGUGGGUAUUUUGUUGUACGCGGAUGAUAUUGUUCUACUGGCUGAAUCGGAGGAUGAUUUACAGAAUAUGUUAAACUUAGUACAGACCUGGUGUUGCAGAUGGAGGCUGUCCAUAAAUCAGAGUUAAACACAGAUAAUUCAUUUUAGAAAAAAAGGUGUCCCAAGAAGUGAGAAAAUCUUUACUUUUUCUGAUAUGCCAAUAAAAUACAUCUGUUUAUAAAUAUUUAGGAUUUCCACUUGAUGAAUUUAUGAAUUUUGAAAAUGGAAUUAAACUCCUGGCUGAUUCAGCUGGCAGAGCUUUGGGUUCCGUUGUUAACAAGUUAAAAAUAUGUAAAGACCUUGGUUAUUCUACUUACUCUCAAUUGUAUGAUGCAUGUGUUUCUCCCAUUGUGAAUUAUGCUGCUGGGGUAUGGGGAUUUAAAGAAAGAAGGAUUUCAGAUGCUGUACAAAACAGAGCUAUACGUUGUUUUCUGGGUAUUUAUAAAUAUGUUCCCUCUUUGGCUGCUCAGGGUGACAUGGGCUGGAUUCCUGGUACAAUACGGAGAAAGUGUGAUAUGAUAAGACUGUUGAAUUGUUUUAUUAAUAUGUCAGAUGACAGAAUCAAUAAGAAAGUUUUCCUUUGGAGUAAAGUCCAGAACUCUCCAUGGGCCGCAGAGAUUCAUGCUGUCUUUGAAGAAGCCGAUUGUCAGUAUAUCUAUAAAAAUAAUUUAUCAUGCAGCAUAAACAAAAUUAGAAAAAAGUGACUUGUCGGGUUCAAUGAAAAAUGGUUAAAUGAUAUAAUGUUAAAACCGAAAUUACGGACAUAUGUCCAAAUCAAGCAUAAUUAUGAAACAGAAUUAUAUGUUAAAACAAAUUUACCAAGAAAUCAGAGAUCCUUGAUUGCCCAAUUAAGAAUGGGAAUCCUUCCCCUGGCACUUGAGGUCGGCAGAUUUAAAAAUAUCCCAGAGGAACAGAGACUUUGUGAACUUUGUGAGAAUGAAUCUCAUUUUCUUUUAUACUGUCCCUUCUAUGAUGAACUAGACUUUACUGUUGUAAAUGAACUGUUUGCUCAAAACCCUGAAAUAUUUUGGAGUAAUGAUGAUGUCAGGAUGGAAUGUUAGUUUACCUUUAAUGUUUAUAAGUUAGCCUCUUUUGUUACUAAAGCCUGGAUUAAACUUCAGAAUGGUUUAUAUCGUUAAUGUUAUAUUAUUAUUAUUAUAUAUUAUUUAUUAUAUUAUUAGUAUUGUUUAGCAUCUACUUUUGGGUUUUGGUCUGUCUAUAUUUUAUAAUGGUGUCUUGUAAGCCCUUGUGGGCUGGGCAUGCUAAUGCAUGACACAAUAAUAAUAAAAAAAUUCUAAAUUCAUUCACAACAGGAGAGUACAGACAGUACUACAGGAGAGUACAGACAGUACUGAGUACAGACAGACAGAGUACUUCAGGAGAGUACAGACAGACAGUACUGCAGGAGAGUACAGACAGUACUACAGGAGAGUACAGACAGACAGUACUACAGGAGAGUACAGAGAGUACAGACAGUGCUACAGGAGAGUACAGUACUCUAGCAGUGAGUCAUAUUGUCUAACUCCUUUCUUCUCUUUGGAGGUGUCAGCUGUCUCCAUCUUUGUUGUGCUGUCACCAUGGUUAGUAGGGUUGUAAAGAUUUACUGACAUGAGUCAGAAGUCAGUUUUGACGUUAUAGAUGCGACUACAUCGGUUACAGGCUGUUUACUUGUUGACACGGAGUCUGUGUGAGGGAGGAGAAUCCAUUCAGAGUUUGUCCAUCCACAGGAACAGCUGUUAAUGAGGAACAGUUGUUAAUGAGGAACAGCUGUUAAUGAGGAACAGCUGUUAAUGAGGAACAGUUGUGAAUGAGGAACAGCUGUGAAUGAGGAACAGCUGUUAAUGAGGAACAUCUGUUAAUGAGGAACAGCUGUUAAUGAGGAACAUCUGUUAAUGAGGAACAGUUGUUAAUGAUCUCUCCGGGAACCAUCACCUUAUCACGGUGGAGAGGUUUGGGUGCUUCUAUGAACCUGAGAGCUGUGUUGUCGGGAGCAACAUGCUCCUGGUAGGGUCUCCCAAGGCAAAGUGGUCUCAGGUGAGGGGCCAGACUAAGAAUGGUUCACAGACCACUAUGGAAAAGCAUGGAAGAUGUAAAGAGACCCGGCCCGGAGGAAGCCCGGGGCCCCCAUCUGGAGCCAGGCCUACGUUUGAGUUCACCCCGGUGGACGAGAGGGUCGCCUCCCUACGCCUAUGAUUUGUGGGGGGUGGAACUAUGACUGUUGUUUGUGCUUAUGCACCAAACAGCAGUGCAGAAUAUUUGGCCUUCUUGGGGACCCUGAAUGAAGUCCUGUAUAGGGCUCCAGUAGGGGACUCCAUCAUUCUCCUGGGAGACUUUAACGCACAUGUGGGCAAUGAUGGAGAUACUUGGAGGGGCGUGAUUGGGAGGAACGGCCUCCCCGAUUUGAACCAGAGUGGUGUUUUGUUGCUGGACUUCUGUGCUAGUCAUGGGUUGUCCAUAACGAACACCAUGUUCAGACAUAGGGAUGCUCAUAAGUGUACGUGGUACCAGAGCACCCUAGGCCAAAGGUCUAUGAUCGAUUUUGUGAUCGUAUCAUCAGACCUGAGGCCGCAUGUAUUGGACACUCGGGUAAAGAGAGGGGCGGAGCUGUCAACUGAUCACCAUCUGGUGGUGAGUUGGGUUAGGUGGCGGGGGAAGCCACUGGACAGACCUGGUAAACCCAAACAUGUAGUAUGGGUGAACUGGGAACAUCUGGAGAAGGCCCCUGUCCGAGAGACCUUCAACUCCCACCUCCGGCAGAGCUUCUCUUACAUUCCUGUGGAGGCGGGGGACAUUGAACCGGAGUGGUUGAUGUUCAAAGCUUCUAUUGCUGAAGCUGCGGCUGUGAGAUGUGGUCUUAAGGUCUUGGGUGCCUCAAGGGGCGGUAACCCUCAAACACGGUGGUGGACACUGGUGGUCAGGGAAGCCGUCCAACUGAAGAAGGAGGCCUUCCGGGAUAUGUUAUCCCGGGGGACUCCUGAGGCAGUUGCAGGGUACCGGCAGGCCCGAAGGACUGCAGCCGCAGCUGUCAGGGAAGUAAAACAGUGGGUGUGGGAGGAGUUCGGAGAAGUCAUGGAGAAGGACUUUCAGACGGCACCCAGGCGCUUCUGGAAAACCGUCCGACACCUCAGGAGGGGAAAGCGGGGAAACAUUCAAGCUGUGUACAGUGGGGAUGGGACACUGCUGACCUCAACUGAGGAGGUAAUUGGGCAGUGGAAGGAACACUUUGGGGAACUCCUGAACCCGACUAGACCAACAAACCCACCCUCUGUGAUAGAGGCAGGGCUGGAGUGUGAUGGGGGAUCUACAUCAAUUUCCCUGCAGGAAGUCACUGAGGUAAUCAAACAACUCCACAGUGGCAAAGCCCCGGGGAUUGAUGAGAUUCAUCCAUCAAUGCUGAAGGCUCUGGGUGUUGAGGGGCUGUCUUGGCUGACACACCUUUUCAACAUUGCGUGGAAGUCAGGGACAGCGCUGAAGGAGUGGCGGACUGGGGUGGUGGUUCCCCUAUUUAAAAAGGGGGACCCGAGGGUGUUCAAAUUACAGAGGUAUCACACUACUCAGCCUCCCUGGGAAAGUUUACUCUAAGGUGCUGGGAAGGAGGGUCCGGACGAUUGUCGAACCUCUGAUUGAAGAAGAACAGUGCAGGUUUCGUCCUGGUUGUGGAACAACAGACCAACUCUUUACUCUCUCAGGUGUCCUGGAAGGGGCCUGGGAGUAUGCCCAUCCAGUCUACAUGUGCUUUGUGGAUUUGGAGAAGGCAUAUGACCGGGUUCCCCAGGAUAUCCUGUGGGAAGUGCUGCGGGAGUAUGGGGUGAGGGGGCCACUUCUCAGGACCAUCCAAGCCCUGUAUUUCCAAAGUGAGAGUUGUGUCCGGAUUCUUGGUCGUAAGUCGGACUUGUUUCCAGUGGGUGUUGGCCUCCGCCAGGGCUGCGCUUUGUCACCAAUCCUGUUUGUGACUUUCAUGGACAGAAUAUCGAGGCAUAGUUGUGGGGGGUAGGGGUUGCAGUUUGGUGGGCUGAGGAUUGUGUCGUUGCUUUUUGCGGAUGAUGUGGUCCUGAUGGCAUCAUCGGCCUGUGACCUUCAGCACUCACUGGAUCGGUUCGCGGGUCGUGACCGAAAGAACGAGAUCCCGGGUACAAGCGGCCGAAAUGGGUUUCCUCAGGAGGGUGGCCGGCGUCUCCCUUAGGGAUUGGGUGAGAAGCUCGGACAUCCGCAAGGGACUCGGGCAUCUGAUGAGGAUGCCUCCAAGGCGCCUCCCGAGGGAGGUGUUCCUGGCACGUCAAGGUGGGAGCAGGCCACGGGGCAGACCGAGGACCAAGUGGAGAGAUUAUAUCUCAACACUGGCCUGGGAACGCCCCGGGAUCCCCCAGUCAGAGUUGGCCAAUGUGGCCAGGGAAAGGGAAGUUUGGGGUCCUCUGCUGAACUUGCUACCCCCUCGACCCGACCCCUGAUAAGCGGAUGAAGAUGAAUGAUGAAUGAAUCUGUUAAUGAGGAACAUCUGUUAAUGAGGAACAGUUAUUAAUGAGGAACAGCUGUUAAUGAGGAACAUCUGUUAAUGAGGAACAGUUAUUAAUGAGGAACAGUUAUUAAUGAGGAACAUCUGUUAAUGAGGAACAUCUGUUAAUGAGGAACAGCUGUUAAUGAGGAACAGCUGUUAAUGAGGAACAUCUGUUAAUGAGGAACAGCUGUUAAUGAGGAACAGCUGUUAAUGAGGAACAUCUGUUAAUGAGGAACAGCUGUUAAUGAGGAACAGUUAUUAAUGAGGAACAGUUAUUAAUGAGGAACAGUUAUUAAUGAGCAACAGCUGUUAAUGAGGAACAUCUGUUCAUGAGGAACAGCUGUUAAUGAGGAACAGCUGUUAAUGAGGAACAUCUGUUAAUGAGGAACAUCUGUUAAUGAGGAACAGCUAUUAAUGAGGAACAGUUGUUAAUGAGGAACAGUUGUUAAUGAGGAACAUCUGUUAAUGAGGAACAUCUGUUAAUGAGGAACAGUUGUUAAUGAGGAACAUCUGUUAAUGAGGAACAGUUAUUAAUGAGGAACAUCUGUUAAUGAGGAACAGUUAUUAAUGAGGAACAGCUGUUAAAGAGGAACAUCUGGCAGUAGCUUCACAGUGACUGAAAAUGUGCUGAAUGAUUGUAUGCAAAUAGUUAUGUUUCUAAAGCCUCACUGUCAAACUUGUUAGCUCUCAGUGUCGUAGCGUAACGUUAGAUCUCAGCGUCGUAGCGUAACGUUAGCUCUCAGCUUCGUAGCGUAGCGUAGCGUUAGCUCUCAGUGUCGUAGCGUAACGUUAGCUCUCAGCGUCGUAGCGUAACGUUAGCUCUCAGCUUCGUAGCGUAACGUAACGUUAGCUCUCAGCGUCGUAGCGUAACGUUAGCUCUCAGUGUCGUAGCGUAACGUUAGCUCUCAGUGUCGUAGCGUAACGUUAGCUCUCAGCGUCGUAGCGUAACGUUAGCUCUCAGUGUCGUAGGACAUAAGACAGAAGCUCAGCAUUUAAACUGGUUGUUCGCUCGUCCAGUAACACCAGUGAGUCUUUAGUGAAGGUUGCAAUGUGUUCACACUGUUUACUGUUUGUUGACAGAUUGUUUGUUUACUGUUUGCUGACAGAGUGUUUGUUUACUGUUUGUUGACAGAAUGUUUGUUUACUGUUUGCUGACAGAUUGUUUGUUUACUGUUUGCUGACAGAGUGUUUGUUUACUGUUUGUUGACAGAGUGUUUGUUUACUGUUUGUUGACAGAGUGUUUGUUUACUGUUUGUUGACAGAGUGUUUGUUUACUGUUUGCUGACAGAUUGUUUGUUUACUGUUUGUUGACAGAGUGUUUGUUUACUGUUUGCUGACAGAGUGUUUGUUUACUGUUUGCUGACAGAGUGUUUGUUUACUGUUUGCUGACAGAGUGUUUGUUUACUGUUUGUUGACAGAUUGACGGUCUGUGAUUUCUAACAAUGUGUUCACUCUGACUCUAACAUCAGGUCUUCUGUUUGUGACUCACAGUUGUUCUUUUCUCUCUUGUCUGUGUCCUUCCUCUUCCUCUUCCUCCUCCUCCUCUUUCUCUUCCUCCUCCUCCUCCUCGUCUUUUUCCUCCUCCUCCUCUUCCUCCUCCUCCUUCAUUGUUUUCUCCUCACCUGCCUCCCUCGCUCACACCGCCUCCCCUUUCCUCCGCCCUCCCUCUGCAUGUCAGGCAUUUCUGACCAAUGGCUGCGGUUGCUGGAGACGUUGAGCCCCGCCCCCUGCUGGGUCUCGGCCAAUAGCAGCUCAGAGGGGGCUUCACUGGUAAUACAGGCUACUUCCUUCUUUUCUGUCUGUUUCUACUUUUGUGUCUUUGUACCAAACUGAACUUCAUGUCUUUACUAACCUUUUAUUUCCUGUCUGAAUACUGUUCUUAUCUUUUUAUCUUUAAUAUUCAAACUCAACCAAAUGUUCUUCUUAUUCUUCUUCCUCUAAACAUGGGCGUGGCACAUGGCUCAACAGCGCCCCCUAACUGGUUUCACUGACAGGCGUCAAAAUCCGUCCAGAUGCACAAAAAGGCUGCGUUUCAUUAGUCGUUCACUUGCCCUCGUUCACUUUCCCUCUGUGCAACGUAUGCUGUUACGUCAUACCAAGGGCUGAGGGUAAGUGAACGAGGGAAAGUGAACGAGGGGAAGUGAACGAGAGUAAGUGAACGAGAGUAAGAGAACGAGGGGAAGUGAACGAGAGUAAGUGAACGAGGGGAAGUGAACGAGAGUAAGUGAACGAGAGUAAGUGAACGAGGGGAAGUGAACGAGAGUAAGUGAACGAGGGGAAGUGAACGAGAGCAAGUGAACGAGAGCAAGUGAACGAGAGCAAGUGAACGAGGGGAAGUGAACGAGAGCAAGUGAACGAGGGGAAGUGAACGAGAGCAAGUGAACGAGAGUAAGUGAACGAGAGCAAGUGAACGAGGGGAAGUGAACGAGAGUAAGUGAACGAGGGGAAGUGAACGAGAGUAAGUGAACGAGGGGAAGUGAACGAGAGUAAGUGAACGAGAGUAAGUGAACGAGGGGAAGUGAACGAGAGUAAGUGAACGAGGGGAAGUGAACGAGAGUAAGUGAACGAGGGGAAGUGGACGAGAGUAAGUGGACGAGGGGAAGUGGACGAGGGGAAGUGAACGAGAGUAAGUGAACGAGGGGAAGUGAACGAGGGGAAGUGAACGAGGGGAAGUGAACGAGAGUAAGUGAACGAGAGUAAGUGAACGAGGGGAAGUGAACGAGGGGAAGUGAACGAGGGGAAGUGAACGAGGGGAAGUGAACGAGAGUAAGUGAACGAGGGGAAGUGAACGAGAGUAAGUGGACGAGGGGAAGUGGACGAGGGGAAGUGAACGAGGGGAAGUGAACGAGAGGAAGUGAACGAGGGGAAGUGAACGAGAGGAAGUGAACGAGAGGAAGUGAACGAGAGUAAUUGAACGAGAGUAAGUGAACGAGAGUAAGUGAACGAGAGGAAGUGAACGAGAGGAAGUGGACGAGAGGAAGUGGACGAGGGGAAGUGAACGAGGGGAAGUGAACGAGAGUAAGUGAACGAGGGGAAGUGAACGAGGGGAAGUGGAACUACUAAUGAAACGCAGCCACAGUCUCUUGGAGCAACAGGAAGUCGGCCAUUUUGAAUCUAGUUGUCGUUUGUGGUGAAUUGCGCAUGUUGUAUUUGAACUCCUCCUCCUAGAGAACGGAUCGCUGCUUACAGCUUUAAUUAGACCCCGGUCCAGACCCCCCGGUCCAGACCCCGGUCCAGACCCCCCGGUCCAGACCCCGGUCCAGACUCCGGUCCAGUCCCCGGUCCAGACUCUGGUCCAGACUCAACCACAUGAUGAUUACCAGCUGUGAAAUGGCGUCAGUAUGAAGGCUCUGUGUUGAGCUGUGUGUUAAACGUGUCGAGGCAGCCGCUGUGUCAGCCCUACAGGUAGUAAACAACCCUUCACACCUGAGAGCUCAAUACAGGUUGGUUGCCUAGCAACCUGAUUAUCUGCGCCAAAUGCCAGUGACACACCUGAGGAGGAAUCCUCACCAGCCAGUCUCACCUUCCAACAGAAAACAUCCUUUUAUCACUGACACCUGAUCACCUGUGUGUGUGACAGGAGACACUCAAACAAUCCUCUGAGCAGUGAGACCUUCAGGGACCCUUUACCUCGACACAGAAACAGUUUUGUCAGACAGACAUAUUUUAUUAUCUGUGGAAACGAGCUGCUAGCUGCUAGCUGUUAGCUGACUGUGAGCAGCUCAGUGACUUCCUGCCCGCAUUAGUUCCACGCACUGAUUUUAAGAUGUCUAACGAGGGCGUGUUUAACGGUUCCUCAGGACGGGGAAGAGAUCUUCAACCGAGCCAA